CCGAAAUUAGGUGAUGAAAGAGCAAGUCGGAGGAGCAAGGGAUCAUAUAAAUGGAUUUGCCUGAUGAUGUGAUCCACCACAUCUUCUCGUUCAUGCCCACGAAAGAUGUCGUCAAGAUCUGUGCCUCGUCGACACGAACCUGGACCCACGUCCAGAACCUCGAGGUCUUCGAUUUCGAUAUAUCCCUGCACAAGAGCAGCAAGCUCCUCAGUUUCACCUCGUUCAUGGACCGGUUGGAUCAGCACUACCCCACAGGCAAGAAGUUGAAGAGAUUCUCUCUUCGCAUCUGGCCCCACUGCCACGAUAUCCAUACGAAUAUCGAUUCAUGGAUUCUAUUUGCUGUCAAAAACAAGGUGAAGCAUCUGUCCCUGGAUCUGCAAUCCUACCCGUUGCCUGAUUUCAUGUGCUUGCAUUCGGGACUCGAGAGCCUUCACAUCUCGGAUUGCAAAUUCCGAUCCCCGUGGCCAGGCUUGUCCUGGGGUCGUCUUAAAGAAUUAUCAAUCUGUAGUGUGCGGUUGAGCAACAACAUACUCCGAAAAAUUUUGUCCGGGAGCCCUGUGCUUGAGCUGCUGAAACUGCAAUUUUGUCGCGGACUGAACAAAAUCAGAAUAGGGAAGUCCAGGAGAUUGAGGGAGCUUGUGAUAGAUUCACAGGAGGGCUGCCAUCGACUUGAAAUCAUCGCUUCAAGCUUGCUCAUACUUCGUCUACGAGGAAACUUGCAAUGCCUGGAGUUGAAGCUGACGGAAAUAUCUUCAGUGGUCGAAGCUGAGCUUGACUUAUACCCCCAGCCGGUUAAGCCGACAAAUGGAGGGGAUAGUGAAAAUCCUCAGCAAAUCUUAUUCGGCAUGUUCGAGGACAUGCUCAACAAGCUGCGACAUGUUUCAACUUUACACAUCGGUUAUUGGUGUCAAGAGAUGGUAUCCCGCAUGAUUGAUGCAGAAUUCAAUUUUCAGGUGUUGACUGAAUGGAAGAACUUAAUAAUCGUCCCUGGCAUUGAUCGACGAUUAAAUCAUCUUGUUAUCACUACCUUGCUAGACAGAUCACCUCAUCUUGAAAAUUUAGAGCUAAGAUGGAUCCGCUAUCAUAAGUGUUAUUUUCAUGAGAAAGAACCGAGCCAUGCUGUCCUUGAUGAUCAAGAAAAGCUCCGCAGAACCAAGAAGGCGAUAUUCGAGGGCCUGGUCAAGUACCUGACGAACCUGAAGACUUUGGUCAUGAGGUGGCCCAACUCUCCUAGACUGGCAACGAUGCAAGCUUAUGAUUUUGGGAAUGGAGGACAGGAAAGGGUUCAACUGGUGGCACAAAUAAUUACAAGCCAUUCACGAGUCUGCGACUGUUGAAUCAAAUCAAUUUUAUCCCCAUGAGUAUAUGAUCUUUAGAAGCCAAUUAGUCUUUAGAAUCCCUAUCAGUUGGAGUUUCUUUCACAUAAUCUUGACUUGUAAACCGGUGGGCGAUUGUUUGGUCUACUGAGCUCAUGCUGAAUUUCCAAGGCUUAAUGUGACUGAAAUUACU